AUGGAAACGCGCAACAGUCUCCCAAGGGCGUCCCUACCUGGUUUUGUGUCCACAGCCGUGCUGACAUCAUCGGACGGACUUUUCGGUGACAACGUCGAGGAGAAACGCGUGACGGAAGCUCCAGUUUCACGCGCAGAAGACGCGGUAGGAUAUAGACCAUUAUACGAUCAACUUCAAGAACGUAGAGAUCAAAAGGAUAGCGAGUGGAAGGAGAAGAAUAAUCCUUUUGCGCCACCUAAGGGACUAGAUGAUGAAGAAUUUGAGUAUAUUAAGGAUUUAGAGAACAAGAAAAAACACAUUGAGCGAAAACGACACGCGCAGCAUGAGGAAGAUUUAGCUCAAUUCUUGGUAGCACGUGGUGCACCUAAAUCUACUGCCCAAGCGGCACUUACUGCACAGCAAUUGCAGAAGUAUCCGGCAAAAGGUGAAACGAAGUUGACGAAUAAGAAGAAAACUGCAGCGGCGGUGGUGGUGGUGAAGAAGACCAAGCGAGAAGCUAGAGAUGAGGCACGAAAUGGUGUCCCCAAGGCUCCCGAAUCUUUGGAUAAGUCGAUAGAGCAACCGCUAAAGAAGAAGGCAAAGGUCGAGGUUCCGAGCAAGUCGGUUGUGGCUACAUUGGAGAAGCCAAAUGCAGCAGCACUUGGACUCGUGUCAUAUGGCAGCGAUAGUGAUAGCCAAAGUGACGAAGCUGCAGUAAACUGA